CAGAAUACCUUGGAGCAUUGAUAGACACUCGGUUCAUCAUACAGUAUAUACACGUUAACGUGUUAAAAAUACUUUUUUCGCGAAAAUGACGUUUAACGGAUAUAAAACCUAGCCCGUUAAAUAUUCAACUACAUAUUUUGAAAUUUUACCAUUCAUCAACGAAUGCUGGAUUAAGUUAGAUCGCAAAUAAAGUAUAAACAUUUCGUGCGUGAGUGAAUUUUAAGUGUUAUUAAAAGUGUUGUGCAAAAUAUAUUAGGAUUAUUAUAUAUAUUUUACUAUUUUCUUGUGAUCGGAUAUAUAAAAUCCUCUACAAACUUCAUAUAAGAAAUUGAACAUACAAUUACUGUGAAGAUGGGGGCCUUAAGGCAACUUGGCGCCCUCUUCUGGAAGAAUUUCCUCAUUAGAAAACGCCACCCGACAUUUCUGGUGUUAGAAGUUUUAUGGCCUGUGGUGCUCUUUGUUGCUCUGGCAUUAAUGCGUCUGGGGUUCCCGCCUGAUCACCGAGAAACAUGUGAAUAUCAGGAGCGAGCUGUUCCAAGUGCAGGGCUGGUACCUUUUUUACAGUCUUCCAUAUGUACGUUAAAUAAUAACUGUUCUACACGAGCCUGGAACCAACAGAGAGCCGAGGCUCAGCAAAGGUUUCAGACUAUGAUACGGGAUAUAGACCCGCUUCUUACCAAAGAAUCCACGAUACAAGCGUUUAAAGCACUGCCGACGGUCAAUGUUGUGCUUAAUGCCGUCAAAGACGUUGCCGACGGAACAACCGUUGAAGAAAUGGACAAUAAACUUGUUCUCAGGAACAUGGUGAGAGACCCGGCUGCUGUGGUCGAUAUCCUGUCAGAUAAAUAUAACAUACUGGAAAGGCGGGUAGCGGAAUCUUUACUUGAUGCUUCAAUAAACCCAUUGGCGUUGGUCAGUUCAAUAGGAUCUGUAGAUUUUAAAGGUAUCGUCUGCGACCCGGACGAAUUGGAGAAGUAUAUAAUAUUGUCAGAUAAAAGUAACAGAUACGUUGUCAACAAAUAUUCCGUAUCUAACAGCCUGUGUCGUAUAGAGGAGGAUAAAAUAUCGGAUAUCACGAACGACCUGAUACGUCAACUUGACGUCGCUAACAUCAUUCGGCUGAUCCAAGAUUUGUCAAACGUCACAGGGUCAUUUGACCUUGCUGUACUUAUGGAAGAUAUGGCAGAUCUCGUGGACAUGUUUAUAGACAAGUCUAGUUUGUUAUCGAUGAUGGAAAACAUGCCGGAUCUUAGUGUAAUAUCGGGCGCGUUAACUCAGCUUGGAAAACUCGUACCUAUGCUAAAUGAUCUGGCUGAUAUGGGUUGGUUAGAGUCUAUAGAAGCUGCUGUAAGAAGUGCGUCAAAGGGGCUUGCAGAUUUGGAUGGUGAAUUAGAUUUAGGGCUUCUAAACAGUUUUGGACUGGGUUUACCGCAAACUAUGUCUGAUGUUCCAUUAAAGGAGGCAAGCGACAUACUCAACAUGUUUGUAAAUGGUGCAAGCUGGGAAGACAUGUCUAUGAAUGACACUUUACAGUACAUAGAAAACAUGAUGCCAGAAAUGUUUGGUAACAAGACAGCAAAUAUGGUAAUGGCCAUGGCAACCAACAUGAUGGAAAUGAUGGACGAAGUUAGAGUACAUACCAAAAAAAUGGAGAAGGAUCUAAAAUAUACCAUUCAAAACACCGAGGCUGUGACAGUUUCUCUCAAUGAGCUAGAGGCAGCAGGACCUGAAAUGACCUAUAUAUUCAUGGCAGAGAUGGUUACAAUGGAAAAUAUCUAUUUGUUGAUGUCAGGAGAGUCUACCUCAGCUGACAUAUGUAAAGAUGCAGUAAGUGUAACAUAUGACGGUAUACCAGGAUACGAUACAGAUGUUGUUGUACAGACAAUAUGUUCAGAGGGGGCCACAGCAGCUAUUGACCAAGUCUUUGCUGACAAUAGCAUGUCAUCAUUGACUGUCCAGCUUGAGAAGGAGAUGGAGGAUAUGGACUCAAUGAUGAAGGGGACAAUACCAGCAGACCAGGAGAUAGGAAAUAUGAAAGAUAUGUAUUAUGAAAUGUCUGAUAUGAUACAAGAACUGAUGGGUAUAGUGAAUGAUGAAGAUGAUGAUGAGUGGAAUCUUGUAUUAGCUAACACAAAUAUAGACUAUAUGGGCAGUUAUAACUGGGUAUUUGGCAUGAUUGGUUCUCAGUAUAGAGUACAAACAAAGACAAUGCUACCAGUGGUGAUAGUUGCAAAGUCAGCAGAAAAUGGUCCUAUGUGGGAAUCAACAUUCAAACCUUGGUUUGAAAUGUUAGAUGCCAUGCUUCAUACAGCACUGAACAGAGUACAUUUGUUUGAAGAAAUGAAUAAAAAAGACAAAGUAAUAACAAAGGUGGUUAAAUACCUACCAUACUAUCCUAACAUUGUGCAAUCUGCUGCUGGUACAAACCUAUCUGAGCUAGCUAGAAUGUUAACUUCCACGGACACAACUGAGCUUACCAAAAUGUUAUGUGAGAAGACUGAUUGGAACAGCCUCAAUGUGGCUGAUGAUAUCUCUAUAAAUGAUAUGAAAAUGUUUGUUUGUCAAACAAAUAUCACAAAAUUUGUUGAAGAUGUUUGGAACAUUGCUGAUCCCCUGUCGUUCCUAUCAGAUGUUGAACUGGAAGUGGAGCACAAUUUAGAGAAUGGAAUAAACUGGCCAAGAAUGGUGGAAGAUGUUCAGUAUUUAUAUCAGACACUAAAUGGAAAGAACAGCGUCCAGGAUCUUCUGUAUACUGUGUUCACAUCGGAUCUCUCUAUGAUAUAUAAUUACUAUACAGUUGGGAUGGAGUUACUAACUAAUAUGACAAUGGAUUCAGUAACAAGUGACAUGGAGAAUGUUUCUGAAUUAGAAACCAGUUUAAAGAGCCUGGAUGAAGCCCUUGCCACUUGGGACUUAUGGAAACGUGUAAAACAUUAUAUUAGGACAUGGAACCUACUGGCUAAAGUACUCAAUCAUUAUGCAGAACUUACGCAAGAUCCAAACUGGGAUAUAACUGAAUAUGUUACUACGGUUUCACCAACACUUGGUAAAUACCUCCAGAAUUCUACGGACAGUAUGCCAGAGGUCAUUGAUGCGUUACAGAAAGCUGCUUAUAAACCACAACAGAUGAUAGAACGUGUUAUGAACAUAGAUUAUAUGGGAUUUUGUGAGGACCCUGAAAGUCUAAGCUCCUUGCUGGGCGUCAAGAGUACCCCGUCAUUUACAAAGUUCCAGAAUGGAUUAUGUGAGUUAAAUUGGACCCAGAUAAUGGAUGAGUUGACAACUUCAGCUACUCCAUGGAGUGAUUUUGCAUCCCAGUGGGAAAUGAUAUCAACCUAUGACACAGAGUCACUUCCUCCAAUAUCAUUGAACUGGACGGAUGUGAUAUCAACUACUCGGAAAUUCCUGGACUAUAUCAACAAAGGAAUGUUUAAUAACUUUGUGCCAGACUUAUCAAAUGCUGGUUUGACUGGAACUAAUUCUUCUAUAUCUAAUCUAACAUCAGCUCUUCAAAACACCUGGGAUUAUGAUGCAGAUGCGAUCGGAAAAUCUGUAGAUCAGAUUUGGAAGUUGUUGUUUGACAUGUCGGCACAGAAUGACACAUUCAUAGAGAUGUGGCAGUACAAUGUUGCCAUACAGUCCUAUAUCAACUAUCAUCUCUUUAAAUUUGUCAAUAUACAUCUGGACAUCAUCAACAGGACAAAGGUGUUUGACCUUCGUGCACAUUUAAAUUCCCCUCGAGCUGAUAAGCUGUUUCAAGUAAUGGUAGAUUCACCUGAAUUAAAUGCAGUCAUUCUACACAACUUCCAAACUGCUGGUGGUGUUGAAAAAUGGCUGACAUUGAAUUUUGACACUUUAUGCACGAAUACCUCGCAACUAGAAGAUGCCAUACAAAUGCCAGAGAACAGCAACAUUACAAAAACUGAGAUUGUAGAUGCUAUCUGUGCUGCUUUUGGAGAAGAAAUUAUAGAUGAAGUAAGAGCAGGCAUGGAGGGGUUAGAUGACCUCAUUAAUGCGAUGGACAAUAUAAUAUCCAUGAAUAUGACGGCCUCCGAACUUCUAGUUGAUUACAGCAAAAUAGCGGUGGUAGUUGAACGAUAUUCAGAAUUGUUGGUUUCUUUAAGCACAGCAGAUGUCCAAGUUAAAGGGUUACCUUUUAUCAUGGAUGGUGAAAUUACGAGACUGUUGGAACAAUUUAUGGACAUACCAACACAACUUGCUGAUAUUUAUGACACAGCUGAUCCUUUAAAAACAUUACAAGAUGAGCAAAUGUUGCAAGGUUUAAUGCAGCUACAAGAUAUACCAGAAGUUAGGGAUAUUAUGAGAAUAUCAGAAACAUACAUGAGAGUGCUGACAGCUGUGCUGAUGAAGACAGAAGGGAUGAAUUUAGAUCCAGCCACAGGAUUCCAGGGUUACCCAGAGAUGUAUAAAAUGUGGCAGAUGCUUGAAUGGUUACCACAGCUUUAUGUUACUUUUACCUACACUUCACUUGUAGAUAAUUCUAAGAUAACUACAUUCACAGAAGCUGCUAUAAUGGGCAUAGAUACAAUAUGUGAGGCCGACCCUUACGACCUGAUGACAAAUCCUCCGAUACUCAAUAUAAAAUUUGAAGAUUUCUUUAAUCUGUUUUGCUCCGUAAACUUUACACUUCUUGAGCACGAGGCAAGCGAUUUUAUACAAGCAAAAGAAAUAUCUGAAGCAUAUGGCAACAUAUCUAGUGUAUCAGAAAAGGUUGAUAUAGAUGGAUGGUUGGCAGAGUAUGACCGCUUCAUGAAACAAGUCGAACAAUUCAUUAACAAGACCGGUGAAUUUAAUAUACCUGGCUUUGACAAUAUGACAGUGUGGGAGAAAAUCUAUGACUUCCUUGAAAAUACAACCAAUAGCUUGGAUACUUUGACUAUGGCAAGUCAGAAUAUGGAUGGUUUACUGGAAGCUUUAGUAUCUAUGUCACCAGAAUUCCAAAACCAACUUAAAUCUAUGGAGAUCACAAAUUAUGUCAUGGGGAAAAUGCUGGAUCAUUUAGAAAACAUGACAGGGGAUUCCUACAAACUGGAGGAUUUUUUCCAUGGUUUUGGUCAGAUACAACGCCUAGUGAUGAUGCUACAGGAGCCUGGUGUCAUGGAAACCUUGAUGGCAUCUAUCAACACUCCAAAAUUUACUGCGCUGUUGGAGAGCACAAAUGCUACAACUGUUCUUAUAGAUAUCUGUGAUUCAGAUAUCACAAAAUAUAUGACAAUUCCCCCAAGUGUAACUGCCAACAUGAAUGAUGUCAAAGACAGAUUCUGCGACACUGACUUUGAAAUUCUGAUGACAGAAUUUGUAGAUGCUUUCUUUAUUCAAGAUAUAAUUGACAUGAUGGAAACAAAUACUACACUCAACUGGAGAUUGAUCACAGAACGUAACAGUCAGCUGACUGAGAAACUUGGUAAAUGGUUGGAAAGUCCGCCAAAUCUUGAUGUGCCUACACGAUGGGAAAAUUCUACGUACUGGUUCCAACUUCUUGACCUUCUAAAUGGAGAGCAGGCCGUUGAGACGAGUGAUCCGACACUGGAAACAUUGCUAAAGGGAAUGGAGAACUUCCUCGGAAGUCAAUAUACCGAUAUUGUUAAAUCAAUUUCCCCAUUGGCUAUUCAGAUAAUGCAGAUGAUCGAGCUGGAUUCUGAUGCCAAAAGAACAUUUGCUACAAUUGAUCUUUUCUUAGAUUAUAUGGUUGACAGGUUGAUGGAUGUAUCAGAUAAUUUUACUGUUGGCAGUUUGUCGAAGAACUCUAGUGAAAUUGUUCGCUUUAUGGAAGCCUUGGCUAACCUAAGAGAUAUCUCCAAUAAAGAUUAUGAAGCCUUGAAUAAAACUGUUAACCAGGAAAAGCUGUACAAUCUACUUCUGGACCCUGAUAUGUUAAUGGACAUGUGUGAGAAGGACAAUGUUGCAGCAUAUAUAUCUGCUAAUGGUACAGCUAGUAAAGCAUCUAUAGCCCUCGAAGAAGUUAUAUGUAUAGAUACAGAGACAUGGUCAGAAAUCCUACAAGAUCAAGUUAAUCUAGAAAUGUUUGAAGAAAAGCUUGCAGAAAUAUGGAAUGCUACAAACACCAAUGCUCAUUUGAACUGGACGUCUCUUGCCAGCAAUGUGGAGAAGUUUGUCAGCAUGUUAUCUGACUGGAUGGAAAGACCACCUGCAGAAAGCAGUCCCCUCAGCCAAUGGACAAACUGGGAGGGAAUUCUCUCAUUCUUUGACUCUCUUUACAAGGAUCCUAGUGUUGGAAGUAACAUACUAAGCAAUAUAAAUCCUCUGUUUGGAAGUGAAAUGAACAACUUGACCAACGCAUUCAACAGACUUCUUAUGCCAUUUUUAAAACAACUGACAAGCAAUGAUAUUGAGGAACUGUAUAGUAAUCCAGAGAAACUUGGAUCAUUGAUUGAGUCAAUCCUUUCUGUUGAAGACUGGUUGAAAGUACUCUCUGAAUUCUUCAAUGCCUACUAUUCACCAGACGAGGAUGCACCCACAAGAAAAAGUAUUUUAAAAUCACUGGUAUGUGGGGAGAAUGAAAAGGUACAUGAAUAUAUGGAGAGAUAUUUAUAUGGGAUGAUAACUGGUGAUCCAGCAUAUAUCUGGAUGUUAUGUAACGUGGAUAUGGCAGAAUGGAACAAUACAUUGAACAGUAAUUCUUAUACUGAAUGGGACCUCUAUCAAGUUCAAAUGAUGUUUAACCAGGCCGUAGAAGAUAAAAUGGCGGAACAUGAUGACAAGGUGGCCAGUAAAACUGUUCUAGAAAUGUUGGAGAAAUUGAACCUGGACGGGCUAUUGAACAGCAGCUCCACAACAGAAGACUGGCUACGAAAUAGUCAAGACACUGGUCUUGAAGGGCUAAUGUAUGUGCUGGAGAUGAUUGCGGAAGAGGAUAUACUAAAGGACUUUAAAGCCAUGUUGCUGAUUAUUAUUGAAGUACAGGAGUAUAUCAACACUAUGCUGGAAAAAUUUACAGGAAAUGAGAGUGUACCUAUCACUGAUAUACUUCCAAGUUCCAGUGCCAUGGCUGAUUUUAUAGAGAAUUUGGCCAGUAGUGAUACUGUGUCAUUGUUCACACUGGCCUAUGUUGAUCCCGCCAAGUUUAUCACAUUAAUGUUCAGUAAUGACUGGGAGAGGACAAUUUGUAAUCUGGAUAUAUUUAUGGACACGUUUGACUUUCCGAGCGACAUAAACGUGACAGAGCUACAGCAGCAUCUCUGCUCGGAAUAUGCUUCUCAAAAACCUUACUUAGAUGACAUAAUGAGUAAAUUAGAUGCGGAGAAAUUGAUAAAAAAUAUUGAAAAUAUCAUAAUGAAUGACACUGUUAAUGCAAAUAACGAGACUUGGGCCUAUAUGUCCACACUGGUAGACAGUAUAGUAAGAAGUUUACUUGAUCUGGAGAAUGCAGAUAUAACUGGUGUAGAAGACUGGUUCCAACCUAUUCUGAAAGCUCUAGAAAAUAUGGGAAAUACGGCCGAGACUGAAAGUUAUGAAGAAGUAUGUGAGCGUACACUACAAUAUACCAUGUCAACAGAGAUGUAUUCUACGUGGGUUAAACCAUACAUGGAUUCUGUACAUACAUUUAUCAUGAUUUCUAACUCUGUCAUGAAUGUACAAAUUGGUGUUGAUGAAGCUGUGUGUCAGAUGCAGAUGAAGAAUAUCACAGACGUUAUUAAAUAUCUCGAUGAUCGUGGUUUAAUUCGUGAACUGAAAAAGAUUGAAGAAAUGAUGUCACAAAAAACCGAGACAGAAUUCUCUUGCGCAAGGACUUCAACAUAUACUGGUUUCUUUGAAACAUUAGCCACAUCUCUAACUAAAGUAUUUGAUGGAUCAUCAAAUAUUGUGGAGUGUGUAACAGAAACUUUAUCCGACUCUGAGGGAUUACUUCAAGACCUUUCGAAAUUAUUCAGCGCAGGUUCUGAAGCAUUAGAGUUACUGCAAAAUGAAGACAUCCGGGCACUUCUUGACAGCUUGAUGGGUACAAAUGGUUCAACAGAAUUUAUUGAUAUGAUUCGAGAAAUAUACAACCAACAAGAAGCUGCUGUGAAACAACUACAGGAUAGUUUAGAAGAUGACAUGUCAGAUAUCACAGCUUUCCUACAGAAAACUCUCUCUACAAGUAUAGAUUCUGUAUUCUCCUCCCUCAAUAUGACAUUCCUAGAAAAUGCUAAAAACUUGACAGCAGAUGAGCUGAUAGAGAAACUAUGUGAGGCAAGUAAUACCAGUUCCCUUGAUGUAACAUUACUGGCUACAUUAUGUGGGGACGACAAAGAGCUAGCAAAGGAAGUCGCACAAAAUCUGGCAAACUAUGCACAGACUCUGGAAGAGCUUGAAGAGUUGGCAGAAUAUGACUCUACGGCAUUCUGGUCAAAGGUUUCUAAGGAUAUAUCAGCUUUAGUUGGCAACAUUGAAGGUUUGUCAUCCUUGACGAACCUCGUGGCUCGACUGGGUACAGUUGAUAUAGCCAAGCUUGGUGAGGAUAGGGAACUCUUAAGAACACUCCAAGAAUUACUUGUAGAUAAUGGACCAGAUGCUAUUUUGAAAAACUUGAAUGUGUUACUGGAUGAUUUUAAAAUACUAGAUGAUAGUAACUUGACAAAUAGUAUCCUUGACGAUGUUAGAAUGCUUGCAGAAGGUGUGUUUGCCUUCACCUCACUGAGGGACAUGUUUGUUGCCAAUGUUCAAAUAAAGGACCUCGUUAAAGAUACAGAAUACCUUCGUAAUUACAUGAUUGACACAAUGAAGUUACCUGAAAAUGUAACAGAAGCUAUAAUUGAUGGAAGCCUCAGUUUAGAUGCUCUGAUAUCUGCGGCAACAACAGACAUUGAAAGCUAUAUUUGUAACAGUACUAAACUAAAGGAGACCAUUGAUGUAAAGAACGGUUCAUCUUUGGAUUUGGAUCUUGUUAGUAAACAGUUCUGUAGUCUUGACAAAGCCACGGUGACGUCACUCGUUGAUGAGAUAUUCCAGCAGUUAGAUAUCGGCCAACUAAUGGAAGAUUUUGUUAUAAAUGGAGUUAAUGGAAUACUAAGGAGGUCUAAUAUAACACUUGAUGCGACUAAGGAAGCUAUAAAAAGCUUGGUUGAUGCUAAUGAUGACUUACAGAAAAUAACAAAGACGUUUAAUGAUUUCGCGGACACUAUUCCUGAUGCAUUUACCACCCUUGCACAAGCUCAAACUGGAGAUCAGGAGUUUGGAUCACUGUCAGCUAUAUUAUGUGGUAAUUCCAUUCCAAUGAUAAGUGAUGAAUUUCAGACUGGUGCUGUGCUGAAAUCCCGUACAGAACUGACAACAGAACAGCAGAGAGAGUUUGAUGCUCUUCCUGGAACUGCAUGCAAGGAUAUGUAUGUGCGCAUUCUGAAAGAUAGAAAUGGCCCAAUCAUAUGGUCUUAUUUGAAACCACUUCUCCGAGGAAAGAUUGUGUUUUCACCAAACACACCUGAAGCAAGAACUAUUGUCACACAGAUCAAUACAACAUUUUCAUCACUUGAGGAAUUUAUAGAGCUGGCGGUAGACUGGGCAGAGGGGUCAGUUGCCCUUGGCAACCUUACAGGAGACAAGGCAAAGGAGUUACAGGACUUAGUAAGCAGUAACGUGAUAAAGAGUAUGUUAACGGAGGUAUCGGGGGUUGAUACACGAGAGUUAGAUGAUAUUCUAUAUACACUAGAGGACACUGACAUGGAUAUGAUGAAUGGAAUCAGUAAAGUAGCAAAAAUGAUUAAAGACUAUGUAUCAUGUUUGGAACUGGAUAGAUUUGAAGGGUUCAAUACAGAGGUGGAAAUGGAGAAAGCAGCAGCUGAACUGGCCAAGGACAAUUCUUUGUUAGCUGGUAUUGUAUCUGUUUUUUGA